CGGGAGGGGUUCCUUUGCUCUUCGCUAUUCAGGACUUCUGCCGUCCGUCUUCGAGGGCUGAAUCGGUAGCUGAGAGACUAACGUAGUGAUUCCUUUUUAUUACUAACUCUCUCUUUUGCAAAGUAAUCUCCAGAGAAGCAGAUUUCCGUUUCCGGUAGGCUCGUUGCCUAGGUAACUAGGACGCACAACAACUGUGGCGGUUAUGGCGCGGCUGGGCAGUACCCAGAUCCCCGACGGGGAGUUCACUGCGGUGGUGUACCGGCUCAUCCGCGAUUCCCGCUACGCCGAGGUGGUGCAGCUGCUGGGCGGAGAGCUCCAGCGGAUCCCGAGGAGCCGCGCCGGCCUGUCGCUGCUGGGCUACUGCUACUACCACCUGCAGGAGUUCGCGCUGGCCGCCGAGUGCUAUGAGCAGCUGAGCCAGCUGCACCCGGAGCUGGAGCAGUACCGCCUGUACCAGGCCCAGGCCCUGUACAAGGCCUGCCUUUAUCCGGAGGCCACCCGGGUGGCCUUCCUCCUCUUGGACAACCCCGCCUACCACAGCCGUGUCCUCCGUCUGCAAGCUGCCAUCAAGUACAGCGAGGGCGAUCUUCCCGGGGCCAGGAGCCUGGUGGAGCAGCUACUGAGUGGGGAAGGGGGAGAAGACAGUGGGGGUGAGAACGAGUCAGAUGGCCAGGUCAACCUGGGUUGUUUGCUCUACAAGGAGGGGCAGUACCAAGCUGCAUGUUCCAAGUUUUUUGCAGCCCUGCAGGCCUCAGGCUACCGGCCUGACCUUUGCUACAAUCUGGCUUUGGCCUAUUAUAGCAGUCGACAGUAUGCCUCAGCUCUGAAGCAUAUCGCAGACAUUAUUGAGCGUGGCAUCCGCCAGCACCCAGAGCUAGGUGUGGGCAUGACUACUGAAGGCAUCGAUGUUCACAGUGUUGGCAAUACUUUAGUCCUUCACCAGACUGCUCUGGUGGAAGCCUUCAACCUCAAGGCAGCCAUAGAAUACCAACUGAAAAACUAUAAGGUUGCCCACGAAACCCUCACUGACAUGCCACCCAGGGCAGAGGAAGAGUUGGACCCUGUGACUCUGCACAACCAGGCACUAAUGAAUAUGGAUACCAGACCUACAGAAGGGUUUGAAAAGCUACAGUUUUUGCUCCAACAGAACCCCUUCCCCCCAGAGACCUUUGGCAACCUGUUGCUGCUGUACUGUAAGUAUGAGUAUUUUGACCUGGCUGCAGAUGUCCUGGCAGAGAAUGCCCACUUGACUUACAAAUUCCUCACACCCUAUCUCUAUGACUUCUUGGAUGCCAUGAUCACUUGCCAGACAGCUCCUGAAGAGGCUUUCAUUAGGCUUGAUGGGCUAGCAGGGACGCUGACUGAGCAGCUCCGGAGACUCACCAAACAAGUACAGGAAGCAAGACACAGCAGAGAUGACGAAGCUGUCAAAAAGGCAGUGAAUGAAUAUGAUGACAUCCUGGAGAAGUAUAUUCCUGUGUUGAUGGCCCAGGCAAAAAUCUACUGGAACCUUGAAAAUUACCCAGUGGUGGAAAAGAUCUUUCGCAAGUCUGUGGAAUUCUGCAGUGACCAUGAUGUGUGGAAGCUGAAUGUGGCCCAUGUGCUGUUCAUGCAGGAAAACAAAUACAAAGAAGCCAUCGGUUUUUAUGAGCCCAUAGUCAAGAAGCAUUAUGACAACAUCCUGAGUGUCAGUGCCAUUGUACUGGCUAACCUCUGUGUUUCGUAUAUUAUGACUAGUGAAAAUGAAGAAGCCGAGGAGUUGAUGAGGAAGAUCGAAAAGGAGGAAGAUCAGCUGUCCUAUGAUGACCCAGACAAGAAAACCUACCAUCUCUGCAUUGUGAACUUGGUGAUAGGAACACUUUACUGUGCCAAAGGAAAUUAUGACUUUGGGAUUUCUCGAGUUAUCAAAAGCUUGGAACCUUAUAAUAAGAAACUGGGAACUGAUACCUGGUAUUAUGCCAAAAGAUGCUUCCUGUCCUUAUUAGAAAACAUGUCAAAACACACAAUCAUGCUUCGUGACAGUGUUAUCCAAGAAUGUGUCCGGUUUCUGGAACACUGUGAACUUUAUGGCAGGAACGUACCUGCCAUUAUUGAACAACCCCUGGAGGAAGAAAGAAUGCAUACUGGAAAGAAUACAGUCACUUAUGAAUCCAGACAGUUGAAAGCUUUGAUUUAUGAGAUUAUAGGAUGGAAUAUGUAGUCAUGUCUGAUACUGGGCAUUUAUCAUAAUGGCUCUGUUAUCUGUAUUUUUUAUUCUCUUUAUUUAUCCUUUGGCUUCUUUACAUUUGUAGAAUUUUUUAUCCUUUAAAAAUUAAUUUAGCUGUAACUUUUCUCUGGGAAAUCUCAUGAAAUUAAAUGUAGUAACAGGCACUUGAACCCUAGAAGAAUAUGAAAAUUUAAAAAUUAAUGAGGAAGUUGUGUUUAAUAGUAUCUGUAACACCUAUAUUCCCUCUUCUUUAUAUACUUGUGCUUGCUAUAUCCUGAGGGAACUCUGAUUGACAAGCUGACAUUAUCCAGUGGCUAGGCACUCUGAAGCCCAGGACUCAGUUAAUGAAUAGAAUGUCUGGACAUUAAUAAUUACUUCAAGAAUAUUGUGCUCUACUCCAACAUUAACCCUUAUAAGUACAUUAAUUUACAGUGCAUUUUACACAGCUUUUAGUAUUUCUUGGCAGAGGUUUUCAAUACAGUUGUAAUGUUUUUUUCUAACAAAAGUUUCUUAUGUUCUAAGUGGAGAUCUUUUUGUUGUUUUUUUAUUUGUUUUUUAAUGUGCAAGACCCAGGGGGAAACUUUGUGCUAUAACAAAAUUAUGGUGCUAUGGUAUGGAGACAAUAAACAUGGUUGACAAAUUUC